UAGCUGUAGUCGCUGUUGCCGUAUAAAAUGGAACCCUCAUAUGAUCACGAACAUCCACAUCAUCUGCUAACAAAUUACAAUGCUAAGAAAUAUCCUCACGUGUCCCGAACGCCGGAAUAUAGCCACUCGACCGUGGGCAGCGAUUAUCCGGAGCAUGGUGUCUAUCUGUCCGACGGAAGAUUGCUGCACGACAGCCCCAGCGAUGGCAUCUACCAUGUGAGGCAGGGCAGCGAGCACUCCUCGCCCAGCUUACACUCACCAGCCAUACAGAGCGCCGGCUACGACAAUGAGCACUCGAUGAACGAGGCGGCGCUCUCGGUGCACAGUCACAGCCACUCGCCGAUGGUGUCCAGUGCGUACAGUGUGGGCGGAAGCGCAUCCUCAUUGAUCAGCAGCAAUAUACCCCUGCUGGGCGGAGGCGGCAGCUCUGUGCUGAAUAAGUUCUUGUCGCAUCCGCAUGCCAGCAUGGUGGGGGCACAGGAUGAGUGCGGCGGUGCCUCGCAUUCGCCAAUUGAGCCGGCGUCCAUGUGGAGCUAUGAUUACAAGGGCGACAUAUGCGCGCCCAAUUGCGGCUAUCUGGACCGGCACAAGGCGAUGGCCAGCGAUUUGAAGUACAGACCAGGCGGUAACCAGUCAAAAAGUGCCAAAGAGUCGCGCAUCCGCCGGCCAAUGAACGCGUUCAUGGUGUGGGCUAAGAUCGAGCGCAAGAAGCUGGCCGACGAGAAUCCCGACCUGCAUAAUGCAGAUCUCAGCAAGAUGUUGGGCAAAAAGUGGCGCUCCUUGACGCCACAGGAUCGUCGACCGUAUGUGGAGGAGGCGGAGCGCCUGCGCGUCAUACACAUGACCGAGCACCCGAACUACAAGUACCGGCCCAGGCGGCGAAAGCAGUCCAAGCUGCGCACCCCGCAGCCGGGCAAGGAUCAGCAGCAGAGUGAGUUGGCCUCGCAAACAGGCGCAGCGGGGUCGUCCAAGACAACGCCCAAGCUAUCGACGCCGCCGCUGGCGACGGCCACAAGCGGCAGCUACAACACGCCCACCGAUGACAGCCGCAACUCGACGCCCCAUAACGUGGGUGGCUUGUACGAGCAGCCGCUAAAGCCAAGCUAUUCGCCCAGCUCCGUGGACUGCUACAGCAAUGCGGACAGCACGGAGCAGAUUGAAUCUCUGGCUGCCAGCUGCAAUGAAUCCUCUCCAGUCGCAACAAAUACCAGCUACGACAGCUCACUGCUGUUAAAGAAGCUAACAAAGCCGCCGACGCCGUCAAGUCGUGCCAGCAAGCAGCGCAACGAGAAGCACUCCAAGGCGGAAGAGAAGUCCAAGGCACAGCAGCAGCAGCAGCAGCAAUCAUCGAGCCUUUAUGCCUCAUAUCCACUGACCAGCUCCGUGGCUGUGGUUGCAGCCCGCGGCAUGUAUGUCACGUGCAACAAUCGCGGACUGCUGGAUCAUGGGCACUCCGUGAAGGGAACCUUCUAUCCGCCAGUGUCCAGCGCUGAUGAUGAUGCCAGCUGCAACUCUAUGCGAGGCAGCAAUUCCCUGCAGCAGCAGCAACAGCAGCAGCAGCACUGCAACACCAGCUCCAGCAUUUGCCCAACCAGCUCCAGUGCAUCGAACGUGAUGGCUGGCGUCAGCGAGCAGCUGAGCAGCUACACGGUGGCCAUGGCUGAGAGCACCAACGCGGGCAGCCUGCGGCUGAGCAUGAACGAGCUGGGCACCGUCUCCAAUGAUUAUCUGUCCGGCGUGAAUGCCAAUGCGUAUGGCAUGCAGUAUGAGGAUUUUCUGCGCUAUCAGACCAACGAGAUGGACUACGAUCAGCUCAAGGAGACAACGGACAAUGGUGCACAGAAAUGCGCCAAAUAUCCGGAUACCAAUCAGAACUAUGAUGAUUAUGAGGCGGAGGCCUAUAACAAUGCCAUGUUGCUGGCGGCGCCAGCACCGCCUAGUGGCACCAGCUACUACACCCAGUUGCCCUAUCCGCUGACCAGUAGCGCCUGCACGCCCAGCGGCCUGACCGCCUUUCCGCUACAGCUGGCGGUGCCGUUUCAGCAGGCCUCAGCGCCAGGUGGGGCAACUGCCUACGGACAGCCCAUGCAAAGCAGCUACCUGCACUAUGGCAGCUACUAUGAGGCCAAUGGAGCAGGAGCACAGCUGCUGCCACAGCAAACGCCAGCAGCGCCAUCAGCCGCGCAGACAGGCACGGGUCCUGCGGCAAUGGCCAUGCAGCAUCAUGCGCAUCCACAUGCCCAUCAUCAUCAUCAUCACUUUGCGGCCAAUGGUGCCGGCAGCUCUGCUCCGGGCAUGGUGGGUGUGGGCGUGGGCGUGGGCGUCGGCGAGAUGCUCUUCGAGCAGCAGCAGCAUCCGCAACAGCAGCAGCAGCUCCAGCGCAAGGAUGAUGAGAUUAGCAAUAUCCUGGCGGGUGUGCGCAAAACCUGCUACAGCAAUUGACGGACGCAAUUGCAUCUGGUUUGCCGCCUGAGUUUUUAAUACUUGCGCGCUGCUCCUGAAGUUUGUUAUAUUUGAAUGUAGAGUUUAGCGCUUGGUUUACGGUACGCAUAAGUAUUGCCUCCCGCUCCCCCGUUCUUUAUAAAGUGUACGAUAUUUAG